AUGCGUGCGCCUGACGAACCUGAUGGUAAAGACGGUAAAGAGACUGACAAGAGAGCGACUUACGAUCCCUUGAAUGACGUGCCGAGCUGCUUCAGAAGGACCGUCGCCGCUCCAUCCCAGCCAGCAGCAGAUCAGGGCGAUCAGGGGGUCAGGCUGCCGCACGGCUUGCCGAUCAAUGAAGGCAACGAGGUGGAUCUUCCCGACUUGCAGGAGCCGACCACGCAGGCGGAAGCCUUGGCUCAGGCAGCGGUCCUCAACAGCUACGUUCCGAUGUCGCUUUUUCCUCGCUUGUGCGAUCUCCUGCCCACCGAUGCCUCUGGCAGAUCUCAACACCAACAGGCUGGGCAGGAGGGCAGAGAGCCUUUCUCUUUCACGGUCGGUGCGUUCGUGCAUGGCGGAGUGCGCGGCUUGCGCACCAACACAAAGAUGUUCCCCUGGGUCGCAUACAUGCUCGCUUCCUUCGUUCGCAGCUGCACAAACGAGGAUGAGUUCAGCUCUAUCAGCGUUUUGCGCAAUGUUUUCAUGCCGACACACUCGGAUCGCUCAAACUGCAAAGCCACCCAUAACUUUGCCAUUCCUGUCUCGAGUUUUUCGGGAGGCGGCAUUUGGGUAGAGGAUGGCGACGGGGACGUCGUCGGCAUGGACGGCGUCACUCUCGGGCGCGUGCAUCGCCUACAGAUGCCUGGGGCUCGUUUCUCCCCUCUUCUGAAGCAUCACAGCCAGCACUGGACGGGAGAUCGGAUCGUCGUCAUAGCGUAUCAUAUCAGCGGAGCCGAGCGCUUGCUUCAAGCAGAAAGGGCCACCUUGUCAGCUCUGCGGUUCAGGCUACAGCCCGAUGCCGCGCUCAGCGACCUUGAGUUUGAGAGCGAAGCCGAUUGCGGGGAGAGCGGCGAGGGCUCCGAGUCUGAGCUUGCGGCGUCUCGUGACGACCUCGAGUUUCCUGGCGAGAGCGAAGCUGGGGCUCUCGAAGCUGAGGCCCCUGAGCCCAGCCAGGGCUCUGAGCGCGUGCCGCGCGACCGCGCCGACUCCGUGGAGAAGGGCGCUUUGCUGGUGCGCAAAGUGCUUAUGCACCACAUGAGCAUUCCAGCCCUGAACAAAUGGACGACAGUGGCUCCCUGCGCUUCUUUCGUGGCUGCGCAGCAGCAUUUUUGCGGGGUGUUGCCUGCUGCUUUCGAGGCCUGUUUUGGCAACUUGCCCGAAGCGUCGGAAUCGUCCCAAGAGGAUCAGGGGGCCGCGCUGGGGCAGCCCAUUGACCAGACCAGAAGGUGGCGCAAACUUGCACGCAGGCGGCAGAAGAAAGCCGUUAUGUUCUUGAAGGAUCCAGAGUCGCAGUUUCGCACACUUAGCUGGACCGUUCUGACUGCUCCAGUGAUGCGGAUCCAUUACUCUCUGUUCAAGCACGCGCACUGGUUCACUGAGCGCCCAGCGGUUCCCCCCGACGAGUCCUCAGCCUUUGGCAUGGUGGCAGCGAGGCCUACCAGGAGAGCGCUUGCUGUGUUUGCAGACAUGAUGCAGUCCACCGAAAACGAGUCGUGGCUGCCCCUCGUCGGGUUUUAUGGCCCUGUGCUGCAGUGGCCUCAGGCCAGGUUGCGAACCACUCGACGAACGGUUUGCACAAUCGUCGGCCAGCUCUGGCGAAAGCUUGAUGAGCCGUGGCAGCAAUAUCCGUGGAAGCUGCUUGGCCUUCUGGCAGACGACGAGAGGCGAAGGCAAGCUUGCGCCGAAGAGUUGCUUGCCAGCAGGAAGUGCUGCCUGGACAACUUUUCUGAGAAGCUACGAGCCAUGUGUCCCUCUGCGGAGCAGCUACUCUCUGCAAAGACGGCUACUUUCCUCGAAGCGGUUUUCAACCGGGUGGUGCCCACGUCCACCGACAUUGAGCGGUGCUUCGCCCGCUAUCAGAGAUGGACGGCGACGCGAGGGCACAAGCUCAAAGCAAGCCAGCUAGCCGCCCGGCACUAUGCGCAAUGCAUGACGCACCUCGUAGAUCAGUGGCGCAGACGGCGCAUUCGAGCUGGCUUGCAGGCAGCGCCCAGGUUGCAGAACGCAGCUGCAAGGGCCCAGUUGGCGCAGGCCGAGGAAGCGGAAGGAGCAGAGAGCUUCGUCGGGGGUCCUUGGGACAUGGGCUCCUCUGCGGGCUUUCCGCUGGCACGCCACGUUGUCGUCGACAACCAGCCACGCCAAGCAGAGAUGGCGCAGCAGUUCGAGGAGCGCGCGCAGCAGCUACAGCCAGAGAAUCUGGACAGCAUGAGCGGAGCGCCUCAGGCCAACCAGAACCUUUUCGCGCCCUGCGACAGCGGCGCCUGUUUCGGCAGUUUGCCAGAAGGCAGGCCUCGGGCCGAUGCGGAGAACCUACACAGUCUCUUGAUUCACGCGAUCAUGAAGAAAGGGCCGGGGCCGUUGAAGAUGACAGAAGAGCCGCUCGUCGUGGCCUUCCUGUCCGAAGUCGCAGAGCGCGCUGAGUAUUAUGUGGUUGCCUAUAACACACGCAAGCCGCCCAUUGAGGCCGCCAUGCUGAAGGUGGAAGUCGAUAUGAACGAGGAAUUGCCCGAAGGCGUAUCCAAGUCGUUGAGAAUGAGCGCCGCUCCGGACGGGCAGCAGUUUGUGUUCUUCACGAACAAGUCCCUGUGCGUGCGCUUGCUUCAGGUCGCCAGCGAUUGGACUCUCUACACCCUUCAGGUAGGGCCUGUGCGUAAGCUUUGGCAUUUUGACAUCAUGGGCGCAGAGAAAGUUGAUACAGAGGCUGCUAAGCGCGACUUGGACUCAUCGCGAAGCGCCGCUGUGGCUUUGCAGGCCCUGCGCGAACUGCUCAAACCAAGGCAGCCGCCAAAAAGACGGGACCCUGGCGCCUUUCCCAAGCCCUCAAAGAAGAGAGCCAAGAAGGCAGCGGCUGACCCAGAAGCUGAGGAAAAGCGCCACGAAGUCGCGGAGGACGAGGAGGAGGCCAGCAGCCAAGGCAGCUCCCGCAGCGACGUCGCUGCUGGGUUUUGCGACCCAACGGCGAGAUCAAGCGCCGAGAUUGAGGCUGAUGGAAGGUUGCUUCUAAGCCUAGCGUCUCGUGCUGAGGUUGUGGAGGAGCGUGCUGAUGAUUCGCACGAGCCGGCCUCGUCUUCCCGAGAUCCGCCGCGGGCGCGCUCAGCGCCCCUUCCCCCCUCACGAUCGAAUGUGAAGCGCGCAACAACAUGGGGGCGGCAUCCUGCCUUCUCCGUGGCGCCCAUCUACGCAGAGAAGGUCUACAUCGGCUGGGGCGCAACGUGCGGGAGGCAUCAGGAUGCCUCGGGGCGUGCUUUGCCAUGUCGGAAAACGAUCAGCGCUGGCAGCGGCGAGAGCCGCCUCUCCGACGGCGAGUGCGUCCUGCGGCUGAAGCGUUGGCUUGUAGCCGGGUUGCGAGACAGUGAGUGGCGCGGGAAUGCUCGGAGCUUUCACGUUUCGCAGGGCGGAGUGCAGCUGGAGCAGUUCAAGCACGGUCUCACAGAGGCCGAGCUCGACGCCAGAGUUGGCCACACAAGCAGCUGA